GUACUGGGGAGCUACUGGGCUAACUUGCGAGAUGCCCCACCUCCUGAUACCGAUAAGCCCGAUAUUGAUUACCGCUUGGCAGAAUUAUUUUUUUGGAACCUCAGCCUCCAUGAUUGAGUUUGCGAACACCGUCUCUCUCUUUGGUCAGCUACACAAUCUUUCACGAUGGCGCGCGAAUUGAGAUCCAGAAAAGCUGUCUCCGAGACCAAGAAUGGAGACGCAAAGACAACCGUGGUCGAGAAGCAGGCUGUGAAGGGCAAACGCAAGGCGCCAGUUGCUGAUGCCGAGUCUCCUGUCCCCAAGAAAAUUCAAAAGUCGACGAAGAAAACCGCCGGAAAAGCCACCGCGACAGAAGCUGAGGUUGAAGUCAAGAAGACCACGAAAAAAUCGAAACCCGCCGCAGAUGACGAGAUCGAGGUGCCAUCCGACUCCGAGUCAGACGAAGAGGUCGAGGAUGAGACACAGUCCCUCGUCAAGCAGGUUGACCCUGAAGAGGAGAAAGACACACCUGAGGGUGACGUCGUGUACAAGACUGGACAGCCGGUGGGAGUGAUUCCCGAUGUCGCUCAAGCUGUCGAGAAGGCGGCCAAGGCCACUUCAAGUGGCGAUGCCGGUGUUAUCUACAUUGGCCGCAUUCCCCACGGUUUCUACGAGCAUGAAAUGAAGCAGUACUUCUCACAAUUUGGCGCUAUCAACAAACUCCGUUUGUCGCGCAACAAGAAGACCGGCGCCAGCAAACACUUUGCCUUCAUCGAGUUUGCUGAGUCCAGCACGGCAGACAUUGUCGCCAAGACGAUGAACAACUACCUUCUGUUUGGCCACAUUCUGAAGUGCCAUGUGAUCCCCAAGGAGAAGGUUCAUGCUCAACUGUUCAAGGACGCCAACAGGAGGUUCAAGAAAGUGCCGUGGAACAAGAUGGAGGGAAAGAAGCUUGAGAAGCCCCUGGCCGAGGCUACAUGGGAGAAGCGCGUUUCCAAAGAGCAGAAGAAGCGGGCCAAGCAGUCUGCGAAGCUCCAGGAAAUCGGAUACGGUUUCGAGGCACCGGAAAUCAAGGCCAUUCCACCACCAGCAGAGCCGGUUGAAGAAGUGGCAGAGAUCCAGGCCCCGGAAGGGGAGACCGCAGUUAUGACGGAAGUCGUCACGGAGACUCCGACAGAGACAACGGUUGAGACCAAGUCUAUAUCUGCACCCAAGACCAAGGGCAAGAAAACAAGGAAAGCGAAGGCUUAGAUGGAUCUAUCUACUUGGCGUAAUGGGUUCAAUAUUCACGUUUUGAUGUCGAAAACUCCAUUUCCUUUGCGAACAGCAGGUUUCUAGAAAAAAUAUGUACGCACAUAAGCGAACCCGCGACACCCAUAACAUGUGAACGUGCGGGAUUAUGAAAGGCGCUUGAAAUUCUCUACUUCGCGACAGAUCGUGAAUAAGUCAUGGGUAAAGCGAUCUUGUUCAAUAACGUGACAGCGAAGAUGAUUGUAAGAUGAAGAACCAAAAUCCAGAAAGGCGGA